AGCAAAAUGAAAUUGGUUGGUGGCUGCCAUUUUUGACUAACAACAUUCCCCCUAUAUAUAUACACUUAAAAUUGCUGAAAUUAAUUUUCCAUAUAUCUCAACUUUGAUAGCUAGAAAUCUAACCAGCAAAAGACAUAGAUGGAGAAGAGAAUCCAUCCCAUUUUGCUUUACUUGUUGUUAUCAAACAUAUUGAGCUCAGCAUCGCAGACUCUCCCCAUAAGAGUUGACAUGACUCUCCCCAUAAGAGUUGACAUGGUUGAAUAUUCAUAUAUGACCUUCAACCGCUUAUCAAUGGCGCUUUCAGACUUGAAUUCUCACACAUCCAUGUCGAUGAACUCUAGUGAGGGAUUCAGGGCCUGGGAUGAAGCCUUGUCAAUCACCACACUCAAAGGCCUUGCUCUUAGCUUCUGCGUUGUUCAUGGAGUUUGGGGCCUAGGAUACUGGAAGGAAGAGAAUGAGAUUGUCAAAUCCAAGCUUGCAUCGAUCAUCUGGCCGGGCGAGGCGUCGGCCUCGCCCAGAGGCUGGGUGGUCCCUACAAAUGGGAAGAAACUGAGAGUGGGAGUGCCUGUGAAAGCAGGCUUCACUGAGUUUGUGAGUGUGACAUGGAAUCCUAACAACUCUGUAAGAGUGGAAGGGUAUUGCAUAGAUGUGUUUGAUGCAGUCAUGGCAGCACUGCCUUAUGGUGUGCCCUAUGAAUCCAUUGAAUUGACCUAUGCAGUAGACCUAGGAGAGAUUGAUACAGCUGCUGCAGACACGAUUGUGGAUUUCACCCUGCAGCCCUACACAGGGCAGCGGGUGAUAAGCAUCUGCUCAUUUUUCUUCAUCGUAUUCUUUAUUUGGAUCCUCGAACACCUGAUAAACCAAAACUUGAAGGGAUUCUGGUACCAAGUUGGCAUGACAUUCUGGUGCGCCUUCUCAACCGUGGUCUUUGCUCAUAAAGAGAGGCCGGUACGCCACCUAUCGAGGCUGCUGCUGAUCAUAUGGUUCCUGGCGGUCCUCAUCCUGACACAGAGCUACGCUGCAAGCCUGGCGUCCAUGCUAACCGUUCAGAAGCUGCAGCCGACUGCGACGGACGUCGAGCUUCUGAUCAGGAACAGGGAGAUCUACAUAGGAUACAUGCAGGGAUCCUUCGUGUUUGGACUCCUCAAGGGGAUGCAUUUCGACGAGUCGCGUCUCGUGGAGUACGACUCGCCGGAGAAACUCGAUGAGCUUCUCUCCGAUGGCAGCAUUGCUGCUGCGUUUCAUGAAACCCCGAACGUGAAGCUCUUCUUAGGCAAAUACUGCUCCAAAUACACCACCAUCGGACCCAUAAACAAGGCUGCCGGUUUCGGCAUCGUCUUCGUGAUCGGCUCCGAUCUGGUAACGGACGUUUCGUGCGAGGUUUUGGACAUGACGGAGGGGCAGAAGAUGGCGGAGAUCGAGAGGAAAUGGUUGGGAGAUGUUAUGAACAAAUGUUUGGAAUAUUCAAAUAUUAACAAUCUUGGCCCUGCGAGCUUCUGGUUAUCGGGCCUGUUCCUGAUCGUAGGGAUGACGGCGUUCAUAAUUUAUGCGGUUAGAUGUGAAUAAAAGUGGCAGUUUGUUAUAGUUAUUUAUCUAAGUAAAAUAGUACUACCUCCCUCCCA